ACUGUGGAUCAUCAUGGGUGAAGCAAGAUCGUCUCUGUGGGUACAGUCUGCUAAAGUUAGUGUUUUUCUCAAUGUGUUUUUAUAGUAUGAGUUACUACAAGGCUCCAAGGAGAUACUCAAAUGGAAGGAACUUUGGAGUGGAAACACAUCAAGGUUUUGCAGCUGAUAUAGUUCCCAGAAGACCUUAUGGCAAUAGGAUGAACAAGGGUCCAAAUAAGUGGUCCAGGAAUCUGGUCUGGACGGCAUCAGAUGACAACAUGCCUAGGAAGAAUGGUAGCACUUAUGGGUCAACAAAACCACAAGGUUCAGGCACAUCAGCUAAUGUGUCAGAGCAGCAGAUGAAGAAUGCUGCGCAUGGUCAAAGAGGCUCGUCUGUUUCAGACACGAGAAGGUGGGGGUCUAAUGAUAAAGGCAGUCCCAAGUCAAAGGAAUGUGUGUGUAAGUUUUGGAAAGCUGGAAACUGCAAGAAAGGUGAUCAGUGCUCAUUCUUGCACUCUUGGACUAGCCUCCCCGGAAUGGUCAUGGUAGCUGCUCUUGAAGGACACAAGAAGGAUCUAAAGGGGAUUGCCCUUCCUCAGGGUUCAGAUAAGCUCUUUUCAGCCAGUAGCGAUGGUACAUUAAAAAUAUGGGACUGCCACACUGGCCAGUGUGCUCAUACAAUCAACCUCCAGGCUGAAGCAGGCUCGUUAAUGAGUGAAGGCCCAUGGGUUUUCCUUGGCUUGCCGAAUGCUGUUAAGGCUUUUAACGUUCAGACCAGUAAAGAUUUGCAUCUUAACGGAGUGGUUGGUCAGGUCCGUGCUAUGACUGUUGGUAAUGGAAUGCUUUUUGUUGGGACAAGUUCUGGUAGUAUAUCUGUCUGGAAAGCAACUAACUCCGAGUCUGAUCCUUUCACAUAUCUCACAUCUCUGGAGGGACACCAUAGCGGUGAAGUCACAUGCUUUAUUGUUGGAGGCCAGCAACUAUACUCUGGUUCUGUUGAUAAAACAAUAAAGGUGUGGGAUCUCAAUACACUGGAAUGUACAACGACACUGAGGCAACAUACCGACACUGUCACCUCCCUCCUAUGUUGGGAUCAAUAUCUCAUUUCGUCUUCUUUGGACGGGACCAUCAAAGUCUGGGCUUGUUCUGAAAAUGGCAGUUUGAAAGUUACUAAUACACGCAGACAAGGACAAAGUGUGCAUACUCUUAGUGGAAUAACCGAUGCAGAGGACAAACCUAUUGUAUUCUGCUCUUACGAAAACGGAACAGUCAGUAUAUGUGAUCUACCAUCGUUUGAAGAGAGAGGAAAGAUGUUCUUCUCUACAAACACGGUCGGCACAAUCACAAUUGGUCCUGACGGAUUGUUAUUCACCGGAGACAAGAGUGGGAAGCUGCGUGUUUGGAGUUUAGCUGGCACCAAAGUUUAGCCAUUUAAAGGAAAAGAAAAAAAGUUUAGCCAUUUUACCAUUCUUGGUUGAUUUAAUAUGUACAUACAUACCUUUGAUAUGAGUUACGAGAUUGUCCUUAAUUUAAUGACUCGGAUACUAAAUAUCCAUGCAUUAAAGUAAAAUAUCAUGUGCUUUCAGGCUUUGUUUUUAUGUCACACAUAACUCACAAGUUACGGUACUACUUGCAACUUCGUCUUCAUAACACCACAAAAAUUCUAAAACACCUCAAUAA